AUGUCUUCAAAUACUGUUAACGUCAAUGGUCAAGUCAAGAAAAAUAAGCUAUCAGUAUGGGUUAAAAAGAUUAUGCAAGCCAAAGAUAACAACAGUUCAACUAUAAUCAGUGCUGGUAAUAUAGAGAGUAACAAUGCUAAGCCAAAAAUCAUAUCAAAUACACCUGCACUCCCAACGGUUGAAAAUGGUCUUGAGAAAAGUAACUCUAAUAUGGCAAGUGAAUAUGACGAUGCAUAUACUAUGAAUUCAUCACUUCGACCAUUAUUUGAUUUAGAAUCCAAAUAUAACAAUAGUAACAAUAAUAAUACCAACACAAGUAGUCAAAAUGAGAAUGAGAAUGAGAAUGAUCGAUAUGAUGACCAUAUAAUGAGUUCUCCUACUUAUAACCAUAGGGACAAACCCUCAAACACGUCUAAUCACUCGAAUAAACAAAAACUACAGAAAUUAUCGUGGGAUGAAAGGCCCAAAAAAGAUUACACAAUACAAGGUAUAGACAAUGCUAGCAUUCAACCUUUAUUAUCAAUAUGUUCCUCAUCGAUCAAAUCGUCCAUUUUUUCUGAUACAAAUUCAUUGCAAUCCACCAAAGCUACAAUUACAUCAGCUAGAACACAAGAAACGAACUCAAGCACGAUAGCCAUCCCUCCUGCUAGUAUCUUAGACAGAUCAAGAUAUUCCUCCUCUACCAAUAAUAACACCAAUAGCAACACCGGUACUAGCACGAAUAACAGUAUAAGACAUCCACACUUACACAGAGUUAACAGUAAUAGGACAUCUGCAUCUAUAAUGACCAUCAAGUCAUGA